AUGGGUUCUCCAGGUUCCUCUUCCCCGGAUUACUUCGGGGAACGUUGUGAGGUUGAGGAGUCUAGUGUUAGGGAAGCCGGAUUUUACAGCUUACCUCUAGAACGUGAGGUCUUCUUUCGCUUCGUAGCCUAUUUUGUAGCGGUGGGGUGAGAUAAUGACCCUCACCGAUCUACCAAAAAUGUGACGACCGCAGAUGCCAUUAGAGAGAGAACAGAUGAUGACCCAGAAGAAUUAGGACCGUGGUGGCGUUUGGGUAAUGUAGCAAGGUGCUCGCUGACGAACAAUAGUCUGUCAGAGCUGGGCUAUUAG